AUGACAUUAAUAAAUUUUAAUGGAAUUUUAAAUUAUUUUGAAAAUAAUCAAAAAGUAAAUUUUAAUAAUAUUAAAUCAAAUAUUGAAUCAAUUAAUAGUAGUAGUGUUGUUGGUAGUAGUAGUUUCACCAGUUUUAGUAGUAGUAGUAAUAAUGAAAAUAUUUUAAUAAAAAAAGAUAUUAUUGAUAUUUUAUUAUCAUCAAAAUAUUCAAUUGAAUUAAAAGAUUUAGUUAAACAUUUUGAAAAAAGUAUUGUUGCAUUAACAUUUGGACCAGGAUCACCAUUUGCAACUGGUUUAUUAAUUCAUCCAAAAUAUGUUUUAACAACAUCUUAUUCAAUUAAAAAACAAUUUUUAAAUAUGGUAUCAGUAAGAAUUGAUUAUCAAAAAACUUUUAUCAAAAUUCAAGGUAAUAAUUCAGUUACACCAACAAUUGAUUUAGGUGAAAAUAUAAAAGUUAAAAGAAUUUAUGAAAGAAAUAAUGAAAUUGGUUAUUGUAUUUUAGAAUUAGAACAUAGUGUACCGGAAUCAUAUGAAUUCAAUUCAAAAUUAAAAUUAUUUUUAAAAUCCGAUACCAAUGAAUCCAAUAAAUUAAAAUCAAAUGAACAUUUUUUAUUUAGUCAUCCAUCAAGUGGUCCAAAGAAAGUUACAUUUGAUUUUGAUCAAAAAACACAUUCCAACUCAUUAAAAGGUGAAGAAGGGUAUGGUUCAAGUGGUGGUGUUUUAAUUGAUAGUUCAAGUAGAGUUUUAUCAAUUUUAAAUGUAAUUGAAAAUAAUGAUGAUGAAAAUGAAAUUAAUUUAAUUAAUAUUUCAUCAAUUUAUGAAAAAAGUCAAUUAUUAAAAUUAAUAUUUCCAAAUGGUGAAUAUACUCCAAUUAAUGUAAUUCCACCAAGUAUUGAUGAUGGUGGUGAUAGUGAAGAUGAUUAUAAUAUUGAAAAUUUUGAAAAAAGAAUAAUGGUAACUAGGGGUAACUUUCCAGGCCCAAAAGCAAAUGAUAAUAAUAAAACUGGUAUUCAAUUUUCGUAUCAUCAUAUUGUUCCAGCAGGAUACCAAGAUUUUUUAUUCUUUUUAUCAAUUGAAGUUAAUAAAAUUAAUCAAUUAUUAGCAGAUAUUUAUAAACAAGAUAUUGGUAGAAUUAAUUACAUUGUUUGGAGUAAAUGGAAUCUUUUUCAAGGACCAUCAAAUAGGUUUCAUAAAAAUGAUUUAAUCGAAUAUUUAAAUGAUCCAAAUGCAAAAGGUUGGGAUCCAUCAGACUCUAUAGAGGAAUACAAACCAUUGAGUUUUAAUCAACAGUUAUGGAAUUUCAAUCAAGAUAUAUUCACACUUUUAAAUCAAUGUUGGGAUGAACGUAAUAAAAUUACAAAAAAAUCAAAAAAGGAAAUUAUCCAAUUCAUUGAUUUAAAUUAUAGAAAAAAUAAUUUAAAAGAUUUAAUUAAUGAUCAAAUUGAUGGUCUUUCAACUGAAAAAUAUGAACUUUCAAUUACUAAUAUUUUUAAUAAAUUUGAAUCUUUUAAAUUUGAUUUAAUGAAAUUUCAAGAAAUUGGUGUUCAUCAAUAUAAUGAAAAUGAUUGGGUUUCUGUUAAUAUUGGUGGUAAAAAUAAUUUUAAAUAUUAUUUAAAAUAA